GUGGUCUCUCAUAUUCUCGCGUGACUUCAGCGCCGUUCCCAUCCAGACCGCGAGAUGAUGCGCGAUGGCAAUAGAAAACAAAGCUGGGGUGGAAUUUGACACAGUUUUCAGUCGAAAUGACUCUUUCGGGCUCGCCUCGCACCACGACCACGAGACCGCACAGACCCGGAUUUUUAAGAUCAUAGUAAUAGGAGAUUCAAACGUGGGAAAGACGUGUUUGACUUACAGAUUCUGCGGGGGCACUUUCCUGAAAAACCCCGAGGCAACGAUCGGGGUCGACUUCAGGGAGAGGACGCUGGAGCUCGAUGGGGAGAGUAUCAAGUUGCAGAUCUGGGACACGGCAGGCCAGGAGCGCUUCAGGAAGAGCAUGGUGGAGCACUACUACCGCAGCGUCCAUGCCGUCAUCUUUGUGUACGACAUGACCAGCCUCUCUUCCUUCGAGAGCAUCCCUGAGUGGAUUGAGGAGUGCAGCCGACACGCUGUGGGGCCCCUGGUGCCCCGCAUCAUGGUGGGAAACAAGUGUGAUCUGAGGGACCGCCGGGAGGUCCCCACGUUGGCUGCCCAGUGUCUUGCCGACAGCUACAACUUCCCAUUGUUUGAGACUUCAGCCAAAGACCCUGCCGAGAAGGAACACGUUGAUGCUAUCUUUCUGACCAUAGCUUAUAGGCUGAAGAGCCACAAACCGCUGAGACUGAAGCAGCUGAGUGAGAGCAGUGUAAGGGAUCUAUGGAACCAGAGAGAACAGGUAGAAGCAACUUGUCAAUGCUGAGGUCAACUCCAUCCUGUAUGGAUGUACACAGGGUGUGAACGAAGGUCACCACAGCCUUCAGAACAGUAAUGAUCCUGAGGAAAGCAGUGUUGAACCAAGCUUCCAAACACUGACACUGAAUUCAGAAAGGUAUCUUGUGAUAAUAAGACAGAAAGGACAGAAGCUUCCCAUGAUUUUGCACUUUCCCCUGCCUACUGUAAGGCAUAGCUAGUGACAGUAUUGGCAAUAGUGUAUAUGUAAGUUUGCACCAUAUUAAAUCAACAUUUCAAUGAAAUGCAUGAAUGGAUAUGGAGUUAUGACAAGUAUUUGUAGCUCCAACUGCACAUAAAAUCACUUUGAGUCAGAAUAUAAAAAAAAAUUGCAGAGUGCAUUUUAGUACGUAGACCAAUUAUAUGAAACCCGCCGUCUAGCAGCACUAUAACUUAUCUACAGAAUUCAAUGCAUACAGUUAGUUAAGGGAAGAUAAAUUUCACUGUGCAUAAAGGGACCAACGAGGUAAAUUGAAACUGUGAAGAAAACUGUGCAAUCAUUUUCUUUAACAAAUGUUUUAAAGUGAUAUUUCAGGUCUUAAAAAAAAAAGUAUAACUGCAACAUGAGUUUUGAUGCUGUUAUUGAAUGUGUAUUUCUCAAAUAUAGAUAUGAGCAUAACAAGCUUUGUGUCAGCCCUCACAGGUCUUUGGAGAGAGCUCAGUCAAAAGCAAGACGACUAAUGACAAGAUGUAGCUCUCUUUUAGGACAAAAUGCAAAUCCACAUAGUUCACUGGAAAUGCAUGAGUGAACUCGGGCUCAGCGGUUCUUGAAUUUCAUGUUAUGCCUCAAGACAUUUAUCACGUGAGGAAAAAAAACAGAAACACAUCUGACUGAUACCUUUGUUGCAUGUGUGCAAAAAUGCAAAACACUUUCCAACAGUACGGAGAUUUGUGACAAUGUAAAGCUGCAAAUCAAUAAAAGUGGUUUUAUCCAUAUAUUUGUAA